GAUUGCUGGAUCACCUCCGCGCGCACACGAGACGCCUUUUGCCCUCGGCGGGCACCCCCCUAGUCGACCGUUCGCGACCGUAGCCGUGUGCGAUGACGCCGUGAUCACACAAGUGGUACCCCCGCGAACCUCCCUAGAUAAGCGACGCCUCACGCCACGAUGAUGAAGAUCUCGACGUCCAUGGACCGCCUGCUCGGUGGGCGCGAGAGGCCGAGGGAUAACUACGACAGCAUACCCAACGAGAACGAGACGAGCCAGACGCUCGACGAGCGCGACUCCAUGGUCGUCUUCGUCAACGCGAUCAUCGGGCCGGGCGUCGUCGCGCUCCCGAAGCUCUACCAGGUCUCCGGCUGGCUCUUCCCGACGAUCCUGCUGACCGCCGGCGGCGCGCUCGCGGCCCUGGCGACGGUCGUGCGCUGCGAGACCGUGGCGCUCAUGCCGGGCAACGCCGAGUUCACGAAAAAGGUCGAGUUCGGCGCGCCGUUCCGCGAGUGGAUCGGCGAGCGCGCGUACGUCGCGAGCCACGUGGGCUUCUACCUCGCGGCCGUGAUCCAGGUCGUGAGCUCCGUGACGACCGUCGCGUCGACGACGGACACGGCCCUCGCCUACGCCUUCGGCCGAUCCUACGGCGUCUUCGUCUUCGACUCGUGGGCCGAGCCGCUGCGGCUGCGGUCGUGGUCCCUCGACCACUGCGGCCAGCGCGCGUCGUGCCAGCCCUUCUUCACGGGCGAGGACUUCCACGGCGAGAUCGUGCUCACGCUCGGCUACGCGCUGACGGCGGCGGCGCUCGUCCCCUUCUGCCUCACGGACAUCCGCGCGUCGCUCGGGCUGCAGUACGCGUCCGCGGCCGCGUGCCUCGCGUGCCUCGUCGUCUUCGCGGGCCACGGCCUCCUCCGCGCGGCGACCGAGGGCUUCGCGCUGCGGGCCGCGUCGGGCUCCCAGGACAAGACGAGCGGCCUCGUGCUCUUCAACCUCAUGUACGGCAUCUUCAUCAGCACGUGGCUCAACGAGAAGAAGCCGGACGUGCGCGCGUCGCGCGUCGUCUACUCGACGGCGGCGCUGAGCACGGCGUUCUUCGUCGUCUUCGGCCUCGUCUGCGGCGCCGCGCUCGAGGGCCUCGACUGGAACGCGCUGACCUACUUCGCGGAGAAGGGCACGCCCUGGGCCGUCCGAAGCGCGGCGCUCGCCUUCGGCUGGCUCGUCAUCGCGUCCGGCGUGCCCGUGUCCUGCGUCAUGGCCACGCGGAACCUCGCGACGGAGCUCGACGAGCGCGCCGCGCUCGCGCUCGGCGCGGGCGCGCCCUGGGCCGUCGGCUGGCUCUUCAUGAGCCCCAAGGCCUUCACGCUCCUCGUGUCCAUGUCCGGCGCGAUGCUCGUCGCUCCGCUCGCGCUCGCGGCGCCCUUCGCGCUCCGCCUCGCCGCGGACCGGCCGCUCCGCGACGAGGCGUCCGUCGCCGCCUGGUUCCGCGGCCACCUGACCCACGUCGCGGACUUCGACGACGCGGGGCCCGACGACGCGCUCCCCGCGGCGCUCCGGCGGCGGCGCCGGCCCAUCUACGCGGGCCUCGUGCUCUUCGUCGGCGCCUGCCUCGCGGCCAUGGCCGCGCUCAUGGCCUUGGCCGCGACGCGCGGCGCCUCGGCCAAGGCCUACGGCCACUAGCCUUAAAAAGUGGGCGG